AUGCAAGUGUAUGUGCUAAAUAUACUCUCGGGUGAAAACCACUCAGUAGUUCUCCAGUGUGUAGAAAAGAGCACAGGAAACUGUUUAAACGUACACAUAACCGAUGUAGUUAAUGAAGUGACUGCUGCGCCUAUUUCAGAGCGGGCGAUUACCAUGGAUAGGCUUGAAGAAGAGGUUCUUACAACCUAUAAAAAUAGCCUUGUUCCAAUUGUUGGAGAAAAGCUAAGCCAAUGGGAGAAUCGAACCGUGUGCUAUGAUAGUCGAAACCCGAAAGAAAUGGGGCAGUCCAAAAGCGGCUUAUUUUUCAUCUUUUAUACGACAAGGCCAGAUCUUUAG